UGUUUGUUAUUAUUACUAUGCAUUAAAUGAUAAUUUUGAAAGUUAUAAAAUACAACCUUGUGGCAGGGCCAGGGUAUGCUAUGAAAUAGGAAACCCAUGUUGUAAUAUCUAAUCUAAGUUGUGAUUUAUUCAAUUAUAUCAUACCAAUUUUUUAUUUAUUAUUAAUCUGUAAUCGUACUGAAAGAUGCAAUUUUUCAUCCAGCUCAAUUGUUAUAUUCACUAAUGAAUAUUGUGAGUACUUUAAACAGUCCAGUACCUAUAGCUAAGUUUCAAUACAUAUGUGGGGUAAGAUGGACCAACCCUGACCCCAAAAAUGUGAUUUAUCCGAAUGGAGAUCUGGGAAAAGAAAAAGGAUAUAUUGUGAUGAGAAAAUCUUUUUACUGGCUUGCCACUGCUGGUUCUGAAUUAGCAGGGGAAUGUUUUUAUUACAUCUUCUUCCCUUCAUGUGCAUGGGUGUUCAAUCUUGGUGUUGCAAGAAGGUCUUUAUUGUUCUUAUCAACUUCUAUGCUGCUCGGACAAAGCUUGAAGGAUGUACUCAAGUUACCACGGCCUUCUUCACCACCCGUUAUCAGGCUUGAAGCAACUUAUGAGACUGAGUAUGGAAUGCCUUCAACGCACACAAUAGCUGCAAUAGCUGUCUCAUUUUCACUGUUGUUAUUUACAUCUGAUAUAUAUAAGAUAAACUAUGCAAGUGGAUUGACUGCUGCUACCAUGUGGUCUCUUAUUGUAAUGUUGAGCAGAAUAUAUCUGGGUAUGCAUUCACUACUGGAUAUUGCAGCUGGUGCUUCUUUUGUUGGCUUCUUAUUAUCAGUUCUACCACGAGCUAUUUACUGGUUUGAUUCGACACAGUUGGCAUCAUCCCAUUUACCAACUUGUGUGUUUGGUGCUUGUACAAUAUUCGUGUCAUGGCUGGUGUUUCAACUUGAUAGCAAGGUUGAUAAGAAAACAGGAGAGGCAAGAUGGAACACGGCACGGGGCGAUACGGCUGAGAUAUUAGGAUGGUGUUUGGGUUUCAUGGUAGGUUCUAGAUACAGCAUUCUGAACGGAAUCUUGCCCAAAACGUCAAUCUCCACUUUAACACAAAGCUUCAAAUUACCAAGUUACAAUAUGUUGGUGCGAUUUCUGGUGGGCGGGACUUUGUUAGGCACUUCUACAUUACUAUGCAGAAAGUUUUUAUUCCAUACUUUCUCCUACCUCAAUGGUUAUCAUAAGUUGGAUAAAGCAGAAGCAAAAAAGAAACUUUGGGUUGAGUUUCCGUAUAAGUUUCUAACCACUUUGUUUUCAGGUCUUCUUGGCACUACUGUAGUACCUCAUGUAUUGCAGUCUUUUAAUCUUUGGUAGCAACAAUUUUUUUUAUGCUAUAAGAGUGAGGUAUUAUAGCAAGACACACUAUGGGACUUAGGAUGUAUACCAAAGUUGUCCUAAUUGCUUUUUUAUUCAUUAUUUUUGUAAUUCUGUAGAAUGUCCACUGUAAUCAUUUGUAUCUUAUAUUGUAGCUGUCAUUUUAAAGCUCCGAAACACUUCAAAAUAGAAAUAUUAUUGCUAGCUUAUCUAUGCAUAGGCCCUAACCUGAAAUUUUGGCCACAGUUGGCACAAUUACCUCUAAAUAGCCACGACUUCAUCUUCAAGUUAUCAUCCUACUUGUUUUAAAAGUGAAACAAGUUUUGUAAAAAUCUUUAUAUCCAUGUAAAGUUAAAAAAACCAUCUCUGAAAACAAACCCAAAGUGAAAUCAAUUUUUCAACAGCACUUUUUUUGUCUUUCUGUAGAAACUUGUUGUAGUUGUUGUUGUGCUAUGAUUUGUUGGAAUGGUAAUACAGAGUAUUAUAUACACUA